GUGUAAAAAGGUAUUUUUCUCCAACAUUCUAGAUGACAUGCGCCAAAAAUUGUUAAUGGCAAAUAACUGAAAAUUGAGGAAAUAAAGAGUGGUAGUCCAUACAAAAAGAGGUACCGACAAAACCGGCAAAAUUAAGUUUUUCCUCAAAAACUACAUCUCUCCAAAUACCCCAAGACUCUCUCUCUUUUGAGACUGAGAACAUGUGUUCAAUAAGUUAAUUACAUUGCAAGUGCAUUGUCUGAUUUUGACCUCCUUUUUUCUGUGCGGGUCUUCCCAAUUGCAUUUGCAUGUUGUAUUGUUAAAUAUAUCGCGUGCCAAAGCGGAUCAACUUUGCUGCCUUGGAAACUUGUGCGAAACUUUAUCCACGAAACACCGGCCUACUUAAUAGAGGAUACAAGGUUUGGGAAAGGGAAAUCAAAUCAUUUCCAAUUCAAGUGGUGGGGAAAGCCAACCACACCCGGUCUGUUUUAUUCGGCGCUCAGUGUCUGGCACGAAAUAAUUGUUACAAAAUUCUAUUUCGGGACACGUAAUACUAGCCAUCGAUUUAAGACUUAGUUCACAAAAGUGCCUUGUCGAAAUCAUUUGUCCUCAAACACAGCCACUAAACACAGUUCGUUCCUUAGUUCCAAAGCUUAUUAACAUUAAUAGUGCGUUCACUUAACACUACAACCAUUCGUUAUACAAAUCAAAAAAAAAAAUCAAUAUCCAAAUUAAAAACAAAAUCUGUGAUAUUCCAAAACAUAACAACGUAAAAUAUAAUCAAUAAUUCGCAAAUCGGAAAAUGAAACAACAAAACGUCUCGCGAAAAAUUGGCAAAAAACCAAUAUCUCAUGAAAAGGUGUACCAAUUGUUCGGACCGCAAGCCUCUUUUGAGGAGAUACGUCAAGCUGCAGCCCGCAUAUGUCGUGAUUAUUUAAAUGGCCGUUGGAAGGAAGUACCCACCGAGCAGUUGAUAGUCAAACGUAUUAGCGGAGGACUUUCGAAUUUCUUGUAUUACGUAAGUUUGCCACAAGAUUGCGGUGCUACCACCACCAGCAAUGAAGUCAACGAUUCCGGGGCAUCAACAUCAUUGAUGUCGACAUUGCCACAAUCAGAUAAUGACGAAAAUAGAAAUGAACCAGAUUUCAAUGACCUCCUUUCGGCCGGCGAUUGCAAUGGCAACAAACGUAAACGUUAUGACAGUUCAUCGUCCACAUUGGCCUCAGCUUUUAGACAAAAGGAACCGAAAGAGGUACUUUUACGCAUCUAUGGCCAAUCCCAUGGCGAAGAUGCUUUGGAACAGAUGAUAACAGAGUCGGUGGUCUUCGCGUUACUAAGUGAACGUCAUUUUGGACCACGUUUAUAUGGUAUUUUCCCCGGUGGCCGCCUUGAACAAUACAUUCCUGCCAGAGCAUUAUUAACCUCAGAGUUAGCCAUACCAGACAUAUCAAUGAAAAUUGCUGAAAAAAUGGCUGAAAUUCACACCUUAAAUAUUCCUAUGUCUAAGGAACCCGACUGGCUGUGGAAUUGUAUGGAACGUUGGCAACGCUAUUUACCCGACAUACUUAAACCAAAUUCCAAAUGGCCAGAUCAGGAGGCUGUCAGUUUUAUGCGUGGUAUUGAUUAUGACAAGGAGGUCCUAUGGUUGAAGGGAGUUAUUAAUAUGCAUAAAUUUCCCGUCUUAUUUUGUCACAAUGACAUGCAAGAGGGAAAUAUCCUUAUGAAAACCAUAACAAAUGAUGAAUCAGAUGGCACGGUGGACGUGGCGUUGGAAAAUAUUUCCAUGAGUAGCGAGGAUGCCACUAUAGAGACUGGAUCUAAGAAAGCAUCUGCUGAUUUGGAUUCCUCUGGCGAUUCGGCCAUUGACAAUGCUAAUGGCUGUACCAUACCCGAUUUAAAAAUUAUUGAUUUCGAAUAUUGCGCCUACAAUUAUCGUGGAUUCGAUUUGGCCAAUCAUUUCUUGGAGUGGACCUUCAAUUAUAGCCGUUCUGAUUUUCCAUUUUAUUAUUACCACAGUGAAAAUUAUCCCACAAAAGAGCAAAGAGAUCAAUUUAUAAGAACAUAUCUUAAGAAAUUUAAUGACAAAGAAGACGAAUGGGAACCCACACAGAAGGAGAUCGACGAUGUUGAUGGGGAAGUGACAGUAUUUCGUAUGAUGUCUCAUCUGUUUUGGAGUUUAUGGUCUUUGAUGAAUGUUACAUCAAAUAUUGAGUUUGGGUAUUGGGACUAUGCGGUUUGCAGAAUUAAAGAGUAUCUCCAUCUCAAACAGGCCUAUAUUACGGAUCACAUGAUGACUGUUUAGAAAUGAAACGGACCAUGAGUACUUACCCAAACUUUUUUGGUCAAUUUUAAAAAUUGAACUGAGCGAAUUUCAAGACAGGUUAUAUACAACUAAUUUUAUAAUCUAGGAUUUAUAUAACGAUAAGAUGUACUGUUAACGAAGAUGCAAAACAAUGAGCACCAUCAGCCGUGUUGGGCUGUUUGGUUGCCGUUAGUAAUUAGGCAAGAUGAAAGUGUUCGUUUUGUAAAAUGUUUUAAGACUAUUUCUAAAUAGUGCUGUGAUGGUUUUUUUACUUAAAUAAUUGCGCCGAUUUAUCCUUAUACUGAUAUAUAUUAUAAAAUAGCAGAUUCAAUUUGUAUUUCCUUAAAUAUUGUUCUCAGAUUCCUUUGUUUUUCCUUGAUGCACCCAACGUUAUUGUCAAGUGUCAAACAUUUUGUUAUAUUUGACAUUUAUUAUGUAUUUUUCUUAUCGUUUUUCAUUAUCACUUUGAAUGUUACUUUUCUUGAUCUAUAUACGCGUAUCUUAUACACCACAUUUUUUCUAGAUUAAGUUUCAAUAUUAAAAUAAAUCACCAUAAUAACAGGAAUGUGUGGAGAGUGUUUAACGAACAAAAUCCAUGUGUCCUUUUUAAUAAAUGGUUAAUAAAGAAUAA